AGGAGUUAUUGAAAUGGAAAAUUUAGGAUAGAAAAUUGUUAUGUUAAAAAAAGAUCUAUUGAUGGUUUCUAAUUUGAUUGAUCAAAGUCUUUAAAGAGAAAAAGCUAUGGAAAUUGAUAGGAGAUUUACUUUUUGUAAAUUCAUUAAAGAAUUCUUUGAUUAAUCUAAAAGGGAAAAAGAUAGUAAUUCAGAAAUUAAAUUAUGGCCCAAAGAUUGCUUUGUCAGGGAUUGCUCAGAAAAAUGCAAUAUCAAUAUUAUUGAAAAGUCGGAAGAGAUGUUUGAUUAUAUUACAAAAGAAAUAUUAUAGUGGAAGGAGCAGAAUGAAAUCUAAAGAAGGGAAAAAUUAAAAAAGGAAGAUUAAAUUAUUAGAUAUGAAAAACAAAUUGAAGAUUUGAUUAUAGAAAAACAAAAAUAUGAAGAAAAACCUAUUGUAUAACCUCCGCCUGUUCCUUAACCACCUAUCAUUCCUCCAAUUAUACCUGUAAUUCCUUAAGAACCACCUGAUGAAAAAAUGGAAAGUGUUGCUAGGUUCUUGGCAACUUUGUAUUUAGAGGCUAGAAAAUAUUAAUUAACAUUUGAUUAGGUUCUUUCUGAUUCCUUUCCAAUUUACAAGAUAUAAAAUCAAUAAUAACCUGUCAAUUCCAAGAGCGUCCUCCCUUUUUCAUUGAUGCAAAUUGAAGGAAAUGACUUAGUCUAUAAAGUUAGAAAGGAUAGUUUGUUAGAGAAAAAGGAUAAGGCUUAUUGGGAAAACUAUACUGAUCCAUCACUAUCCAAUACUUUAUAUUAUUAGAAUGAAUAUUUUAAAGAAAAGGUCAAUGAUAUUAUGGAAAUGGCAGAUAUGGAUUAAAUGGUCUAUGCCUAAGGUUUGGAUGAUGAUAAGUAGGAUGAAGAUGAUAAAUUGUUCAAAAAGAAAGUCAAAGGAAGUACGACCAGACUAACUGGUUCAAAUGGAGGAUAAAUAAAAUGA